AAUCCCGAGUGUGACUCGCACAUUUCCUCCAGCAACAGCCAGACUCAUCCCCAAUUUCUCACACCGUUGAUUACCCGCCUCGCCAGACUCUGACCCGAUUAAUCGCUGUAAGAUCGCUUAAAUUCUCUCUCUAGUCUCUACUCUCCUAAUUGUCUUUCCUUGUUUCAACGUAGAAGAAUGGAUUUGAAUUCAUCAUCUUGACCUAGAACUCCAGCACCUUGAUUACUACAUUCCCCAGAAUUGGUGGGAAAGUAAACCAGUCUUUAAUUUUGAACUAUCAGUCUUAGAGAAAUGGAAAAUGGAUUGAGAUUUGCUUGUGAAUGUAUCACUUGGAGUGAAUCUUCGGUACAUUUACAUGCUUAUCAGAGCUUUGAGAUGAUUCACGCCCUUAUAAUCUGAUUAAUGAGCCUGCAAGGAAAGUAUCUGGCACCAACCUCAUGAUUGACAACAAUUUUGUUUGAUAUGGAGAUGGAAGAAGUUUGUCUCAAUAGUGAGCCAGUGUUUGAUGAAGGCGAUGAGUAUGACUUGGAGGGAGGGCAUGCUGUUGGAAUUGGGGAAACAAAAAGUAAACAGGUCCCCCCACAACCUACUGUCGGUUUGGAGUUUGACUCUUUUGAUGAAGCCUAUGAUUUCUACAAUGUCUAUGGUAAAGAACAGGGAUUUGGCAUCAGGGUGAGCAAUUCAUGGUUCAGGUCAAAGAGAAAAGAGCGGUAUAGAGCAAAAUUAAGUUGCAGCAGUGCAGGUUUCAAGAAAAAGAGUGAAGCCAACAAUCCGAGACCUGAGACAAGGACUGGUUGUCCUGCAAUGAUAGUUAUCAAGCUGGUGGACUCCCAAAGGUGGAGAAUAGUUGAAUUAGAGCUUCAACACAACCAUCAGGUGAGUCCACAGAUCAAAAGGUUUUACAAGUCGCAUAAGAAAAUGAUCAUUGCUGCCAAAAAUGCACAACCACAGCCAAAUCCUGUUACAGAAGUUCAUACUAUCAAGCUGUAUCGAACACCUGUUAUGGAUGUUGGGUGCAAUGGAUGCUCAACUUUAAGUGAAACUGAAGGUUUAAAUCCUAUUGAUCACUCUAAGCACUUGCAACUUAGAGAAGGAGAUGCUCAUGCAGUUUACAACUACUUUUGUCGAAUGAAAUUGACAAAUCCUAAUUUUUAUUAUUUGAUGGAUCUAGAUGAUGAUGGACGUCUGAGGAAUGUGUUUUGGGCUGAUGCCAGGUCCAGGGCUGCGUACGACUACUUCUGUGACACUGUAGCCAUAGACACAACAUGCUUGGCAAACAAAUAUGAACUGCCCCUGAUUUCAUUUGUUGGUGUAAACCAUCAUGGACAACCCGUGCUGUUGGGCUGUGGGUUCCUCGGGGUUGAGUCAGUGGAUUGUUAUGUUUGGAUGCUCCGUGCAUGGCUGAAAUGCAUGCUAGGGCGCCCUCCGCAGGUUUUCAUUACUGACCAAUGCAAACCAUUGCAAAUUGCAGUGUCUGAGGUGAUCCCAGAGGCUCGCCAUUGCUAUUGUUUGUCAUAUAUCAUGCAGAGAGUUCCAGAGAAGUUGGGAGGACUGAAGGGAUAUGAAGCAAUCAAAAGACACUUGCAGAAAUCAAUCUAUGAUUACUUGAAAAUAGCUGAGUUUGAAACUUCCUGGGCUGAAAUGAUCAAGCGGCAUGAACUGGGGAAUAAUAAAUGGCUUCAGACAUUGUAUGAGGAUCGGCAGAACUGGGUUCCAGUUUAUUUAAAAGACACAUUUUUUGCGGGAAUGAUCCCUAUCCGCGAAAAUGAGAGCUUGCCUGCAUUUUUUGAUGGUUAUGUACAUAAACAUACGUCUUUCAAGGAGUUCGUUGAUAAGUAUGACCUAGCUCUACAUAGGAAGCGCAUGAAAGAGGUGGUGGCGGAUCUGGAGUCAAGAAUGUCGAGCUUUGAAUUGAAAACACGAUGCAACUUUGAAGUGCAACUAUGUAAAGUGUACACCAAGGAUAUUUUCAAGAGGUUCCAGUUGGAGGUUGAGGGAAUGUACUCCUGCUUCAAUACAAGGCAGGUCAAUGUCAGUGGGCCUAUAAUAACCUACAUAGUUAAAGAACGAGUUGAAGUUGAAGGAAAUGAGAAGGAAGUCAGAUGCUAUGAGGUUUUGUAUGAGACAACACAAGUGGAUAUUCGAUGUAUCUGCAGUUUGUUCAACUACAAAGGGUAUCUGUGCAGGCAUGCCUUAAACGUUCUAAAUUACAAUGGUGUGGAAGUAAUCCCGUCCCGAUACAUUUUGCCACGGUGGUGUAAAGAUUUCAAGCGCAGGUAUCUUCUGCAUCAAGGAUCCAGUAAUAUUGAUGUGUAUGACCCAGCAUACUGGCGUAAUCAUCUUUAUAAUCUCGCCCUUCCAGUUGCGGAAGAAGGGGCACAAUCUGAGGAACAUUAUAAGACGACGUUGCAAGCAUUGGAGGAGUUGUUGAACAAGUUUCAUCUUGUAGACAAUACCCUCAAUGUAACAUAGAACGGUAUAUUAUAAAAUAUAGUUACUUGCAAAAA